ACUUUCAGGGGCCAAGUCAGGAAUAUGGCAACUCUAAAAGACAUUACCAGGCGUUUGAAGUCCAUCAAGAACAUUCAGAAAAUUACGAAGUCCAUGAAGAUGGUUUCUGCAGCAAAAUAUGCAAGAGCUGAGAGGGAGCUGAAGCCUGCUAGAGUCUAUGGAACAGGAGCACUGGCUCUCUAUGAGAAGGCAGAAAUAAAGGCACCUGAGGACAAGAAGAAGCACCUCCUUAUUGGUGUGUCCUCUGACCGAGGUCUGUGUGGUGCUAUCCACACGUCUAUUGCUAAAACCUUGAAGAAUGAGAUUACCAACCUCUCAAAUGCAGGGAAAGAAGUUAUGGUGGUUGGAGUAGGUGACAAGAUCAGAGGCCUACUUCAGAGGUAAAAAGGAGGAGGGUUGGUUUGGUGGUUUUUGGGACGGAGACCUCCGAGCUUUGGAGAUGCUUCAGCCAUUGCCUCAGAGUUGUUAAACUCUGGGUAUGAAUUUGAUGAAGGCUCUGUCAUCUACAAUCGGUUCAGGUCUGUCAUCUCCUACAAGACUGAUGAAAAACCAAUCUUCUCCCUUGAAACAGUUGCUGGUUCUGAAAGUCUGAGUAUCUAUGAUGAUAUUGAUGCUGAUGUGCUGAGAAACUACCAGGAAUUUACACUAGCAAAUAUUCUGUACUACUCCCUGAAAGAAUCCACCACCAGCGAGCAGAGUGCUAGGAUGACCGCUAUGGACAACGCUAGCAAAAAUGCUUCUGAGAUGAUUGACAAAUUGACCUUGACGUUCAACCGUACCCGUCAAGCCGUCAUUACCAAGGAGCUUAUUGAGAUCAUCUCUGGUGCUGCUGCUCUGUGA